UAAAUUCAAAACCCUAUUUCUUAAACCCUAAUUAUCAACCUUCACCUAUUCCAUUUCCACCUGUUGCGUCUUGUCGCCGUUUGCAACCUCUGCUGUGGAAGAUGGCUCCUCCCAGAGGUCGUGGUGGUGGUGGUGGAGGUUUCAGGGGUGGUAGGGGAGACAGAGGUAGAGGAAGGGGCGGUGGUGGAAGAGGAGGAGACAGGGGUACACCCUUUAAAGCCAGAGGUGGCGGGAGAGGAGGAGGCAGAGGAGGUGGCCGUGGAGGAGGUAGAGGUGGUGGCCGUGGUGGAAUGAAGGGAGGGAGUAAGGUCGUUGUUCAACCACAUAGACACGAGGGUAUUUUUAUUGCCAAGGGUAAAGAAGACGCCCUUGUCACUAAGAAUCUGGUUCCUGGUGAAGCUGUUUAUAAUGAGAAAAGGAUAACUGUUCAGAACGAAGAUGGUUCCAAAGAAGAAUACAGAAUUUGGAAUCCUUUCCGCUCGAAGUUGGCUGCUGCCAUCCUUGGUGGAGUUGAUAACAUAUGGAUUAAACCUGGUGCCAGAGUCCUUUACUUAGGAGCUGCUUCUGGCACAACUGUUUCUCAUGUUUCUGACAUUGUUGGCCCCACAGGAGUCGUGUAUGCAGUUGAAUUUUCCCAUAGAAGUGGACGUGAUUUGGUCAAUAUGGCAAAGAAGCGUACUAAUGUUAUACCCAUUAUUGAAGAUGCUAGACAUCCCGCUAAGUACAGGAUGUUAGUUGGUAUGGUUGAUGUCAUAUUUUCUGAUGUUGCCCAGCCUGAUCAGGCAAGGAUUUUGGGACUCAAUGCUUCGUAUUAUCUCAAAUCUGGAGGUCAUUUUGUUAUUUCAAUCAAGGCUAACUGCAUAGACUCAACAGUUCCUGCGGAGGCAGUGUUUGAAAGCGAAGUGAACAAGUUGAAGGCUGAUCAAUUCAAGCCAUUCGAGCAAGUGACCCUUGAACCAUUCGAGAGGGACCAUGCUUGUGUUGUUGGUGGAUACAGAAUGCCUAAGAAGAAAAAGGACACAGCAGCGUAGAUUGCUUAGUCAUUAGCCACUAGGCGUGUACCAAUCUCAUUUCAUGAGACUUUUUUGUUAAUUGUCUUACAAAUCUGUCUUCAAACACCUCUAUUUUGACCAAAACUUUGUACUUUUAGUAGUUAAUUAGUAUUCAAGUUCUCUGCCGUCAAUAUUUAGUGUGCUAUAGUAUAAUCGCAUAACGUGUUCAACUAUUUACUUGUGAAGGGAAUGAGUGUGAAAUCAUCGAAAACCAAUGCGGAAUCUUGGUCAUGAAGGAGUGCUAAAAGUUUGUGAUUAUAAUGUCACUCAAGCGGAAUCACUUUUGAUAA